CAGUUCCGAGGACCCCUGUGACCGCCCCAAACCCCGGCACGCAAAACCCCUGUUCAGCCAAAAAUGCCCAGCCCCUCGCCGAAGCAAACCGGCCGCCGCCGAAGCCGCAGCCGAGGCUGGAGCAGCUCGCCGAAGGACUCCUCCCGGCGGCCGCCGCAGUCCCCGGGGCCUUCCUCUCCGCAGCCCCUCGCUCAGCUGCCGCCCCUGCCCCCUGGCACGGAGGUCGAGGUCCGCGUCGACGACGACGGCUUCCACGGCUCCUGGUUCGAGGCCACCGUCGAAGCCUUCGUCCCGGCGCAGCGCCGCGGCUCCCGGCCCCGCUGCACCGUGGCCUACACCCACCUCCCCCCAGACCACCCCGACGCCGCCACCACCCUCGUCGAGCUCUCCCACAUCCGCCCCCGCCCCCCGCUCUCCUCCCCCGAGGCGGAGCCUUUCCGCCUCCACGAAAUCGUCGAGGCGUUUCACGAGGACGGCUGGCGUUCCGGCAUCGUCCUCGCCACUGGCCCUCUCGCCGUCGCCUUCCCCAUCACCCGCGAGGUGGUCGCCUUCCAGGAGCCCCACCACGUCCGCCCCCGCCGCGACUACGUUGACGGCCAGUGGGCCCCGUCGCAGGCCGCGGUUGCCGUGCAGCCGAAGCGCGCGGCCAGGGUCUACGCCGUCGGGGAGAAGGUGGAGGUGGUGAGGGAUCGGGAGUUGUAUGGCGUCUCGUGGUACCCCGCCACGGUGGCGAAGGCCAUCGAUACGCUGAGCUACCUGGUGGAGUACUUGGAUCUGAAGGACGAGAAGGGCACGGGAAUGCUGACGGAGUACCUGCAUUACCGGUUCAUCAGGCCGGCUGUGAGGUGGGAGGGCGGGUUCUGGCUCGGGCCCGGUGCUGCGGUGGAGGCGUAUCGUGAAGGGGCGUGGUCAGCAGGGGUGGUGCGCAGGCAUGUUGGUGAGAGCAAGUAUGAGAUUAGCAUCGAUGGGAAGGAGGCAGAGUUGCUGCUGACGACGGUGCAGGAGUUGCUGAAACCUCAGUACAAUUGGAAUGGCAAAUAUUGGAACAUUGUCAGAGCUAAGAGAAAAGGUAAUGAGCGGCAAUCCAUAUCUGGAGAACACCCAAGCUCAUCUGUUGAGGUGGCAUCCAAUGAUGAUGAACAUAAGCAUCAUACUGAAUCUUCGAGCACAAAAAGGUCAAGAAUAGAACUGAUGGAGAAAACCCCCGAAGAGUUAACUGAUGGUUCUAAAAAUGCGCCAGAGUGUGAGAUGAACAGAACUUUAUCUGUGUUACGGAAGUCAUCAGCAAGUAGUUCUUUACCAUCUGGAAGGAAUAACUUUCGAGUGCUUCCACAGAGGAUAGUGAGUUCCUGUACAGUACCAAUGAAGGGUAAACCUCAUAACAGAUCUAGAGCAGAUGUUAUACCAAUGAAGGGUCUUGGGCUUCAUCAUGCUUCCUCAGAAAAUCCAAAACCUCAUAACAGAUCUAGAGCAGAUGUUAUUGGGGAAGUAAAUCAUGAAAUCCUGUCUGAGAUGUUGCGUUCUGAUGGUCAGCUUAAUACACGUGGAACAAGUGCUGAUGAAGCCCAUGAUAUGCUUCCGACUGCAGGAUUAAUAGAACAGAAAAUGGAUUCAAAUUGCAUAAAUAAUGCUGCCCAACAGAUGGAAAUUCAUGAAAUGCACCCUAUUCAAGCACUUAGGGGAAACAGUGACGACAAUGAUAAUAGACAGUUGGAGAGGAGAGGACAUGGUACGGUGCACGUAAAUGAAGUAACAAUUCAAAGGAUUCAAGAACCCAUUGAAUCAAUAUGUGGUGGACAAGAUUUUCAAGAUGGGGAAAGAGUGGAUGAGAGACCGACUGAACCGCAUGUCCAGAAUGCUGCGAGUUCACAUUGCACCAUUGGCAACACUCCAUUUAGGAGCUGCUCAGUUUCUGGGAGCUCUCUGAACUUAACCUUGGGUUCACAUCAAAUUGAGCAUGUUUCACAUCAAAUUGAGCAUGUUUCAAUCACGAAGACCUCAUGCUGGUGGGAUCUGUGCCGGGAUAUACAACAGCAACCCCAUUUCCUUCCGCUUCAGGAAUUUGUGCCAGAAUUGCGUGAAGGAAUGGCUUUAGGUUUAAUGGUGGCGUAUGUCAGCUUAGUUGACAGUAUAAAAAAAUCCUGCAUAGAAGAUAGCAUUGCAUCAUUUGAAGGGAAGAUUAGUGCCCUUGCCUAUUUAGAAAGAAAUGGAUUUGACGUUAAAUUUCUGCAGCUUAGCCUGGACAGAUUGCUUCAGAUGAAACGUAAUCAUGCUAAGCAUCUUGAACGUGUGGACAAGUUAAAAGAGCUGUUGCCUGAGAAGGAGUCUAUCAUGUCUGGAAAGUAUGUUUUGCUUCGUGAAAAGGAAGAAGCUAUAUGUCAACUUCAGCAAAAACUUGAGUGCCUACAUGGUGAAGUUGAGCAGAUUGCAAAAGAGGCAAAAGAUGAAGAUGCAGAGAUCUCUAGGCUGAAAGAGGAUGUUAAUAUCACUUUGCAAGAACGUGAUGACGUUGUACUGCGAUUUCAGAGUGUUCAAGCCGAGUUGUGUUCAACACUGCAUAUAUCUGACUGAUCUGAUCUUCAGGGAUCGCUUUAAUUUCUAGUUUGUUAUUCUUAUAACUUGUGCCACGGGGUGUUAUGGCCUCCAAUUAUGUUUUAUUAGAGCAUGAUCUGACUGAACUUUCUGUUGUCUUUUGCUACCUAUUAUGCAUCUAGCAGAUGCAAAUGCUAAUGAUAAAUGACCAUGGAUCUUGAGUUUGCUGCUGCAA